AUGGCUGUUCCAGAGGAAGCAUUGGUGAAAAUCUUGGCUCGAUUUGCACUGAAGAGCAUCGCAAGAUUCAGAUCGGUAUGCAAAGAAUGGAAAUUGAUAAUCGAUUCAGACUUCUUCCGAGAUCUCUACGAGUCUCUCAACUCUAACUCAUCCUCUGUGUCAUGGUCGAUCAUGAACAGAAGGAACAACAACUUACAGUCGCUGGAAAUCAUUGGAUACCAUGGCUGUCAUAGAUGGGGACGUACCAAUUCCCUAGGCUCUUUGAUGCGUUACAAUCCGGAGACGACAGUGAGGAAGACUUCGGUCUUGAGCUGCACCGAUGGAUUGGUAUUGAUUUACACGGAAACCAGCGAAGGGUCACCUAUGUAUCAUGUUGGAAGUCCCUUGUUCCAACAAUGGGUAAGAAUCCCUCUUCCUCCACAUCUCUCGGUUUUUGAUUUGUGACUUGUGAGGUUACAGGAGAAUAGAUGUUUUAGCGACACUGGACUUGUCACAAAGAUGGAAAAGGGUACUGUUGCGAGUUACAAAGUUGUGUGGGUGUUGGCCCCAUCUAUUGUAUCUAUAACGCUCACUUUCAUGAUAUAUUCCUCGGAGACAGGAACAUGGAAAACCCAAGAAGUGCGUUGUCUCCGUCCCUUGAUCUGGUCUAGGCUCAAGUAUUCGGUUCCUUUGAAUGGGAUUCUUCACUGGCUUGCUUCGGCUACUAGCAGCUAUGAUGCAAAUUAUGUUGCAUCCUAUGAUUUCUUCAGUGGUGGUAAUGGUGAUGAUAAUCUUGAGUGUCGUGUUAUACCUUUUCCUGGUAUAAAGCGGUUUGAACAAAACCAACGUUUCAAGAGAACAAUCACAACCUCCGCAAGAUUUGUAAUGUAUUGCAACGUUUUCAAUCAUAAUGGAAGCCGUACAAUCAGGGUUUGGAGGUUGGUAAAGUACGCGGAUAAUGAUCCUCAGUCGUCAUGGCAACUGACCUGGAAACUGAACACCAAAACGUCUUUGGUCGGGUUUGGUGCUGAUUAUUUCCCUGUGGCGAUGCAUCCUUUCAACUCCGAGAUCAUAUACGUGUGGAGUAGGAACAAGAAUGGCCUGGUCUUGUUAAACUUGAGGACUCACAAGUUUAGUCUUCACAAAGAAGAGUCAAUAUCGGAGAACAAGUCUAUGGAUGGUUGCAUCAUGACAUUUAGCGGUUGCAAAGAGUACAUGGAUUCAGUCUAUGAACUUUAUCCCAACACUUUGUGA